UCUAAACCUCAGGCUUUUCAUUGGGGGUAAUGUUAAUGUGGGUGCCCAAGGGACAGUGAAAUAGUCAAGGAAGGCAGAGGCAGAGGAGGUGCACUGGCGGGGGGAAGGUGACACAUUUCAACCAUGCUUAUUGAACGAGCCUUUUUUUGGUUAUUUAAAAGAUAUAAACUCAAUAUACAUCGUAAAAAUCAAGCAGUUCUGAAAGGUAUGAAGUGAGCUGUAGCCUCCCUCCUCUGCAAGAAACCACUAUUCAUCUCCUAUACCUUCCCAGGGAAAACCUGUGCAUGUUUCCAAGUCCCUAUGAUGUAAAAGCUGUACCUUUCUGCACAUUUAGUGUCCUGGGUUUUCACUGACAGUGGACCUUAGAUCUGUCCACACCCACCUGGAGCUCCACUGUGCUCCCCUAUACCCAGGCAGUGAAGUCUCUGUGAGCCCAGGGAACUCACUCAGCAGUCACCUACUGAUAGCCGUUUAGGCUGUUUCCCGUUUCCUCUUUCAACCGAGCUGCAGGGACGUCUUUGACAUGUACCAGUGGGCUGUGGUGGCCCCAUCCCUGUGGGUCCCCCAAGAUGGGCAUCUCAGAUCCUUUUCAGCCACUGAAAUUGGGCUGUUCCCUCUUGAGCCUGGUGUGCCCUUCCUGUGGCCUUGGGAGGGGAAUGACCGUGGCGGCCAGCCUGGCACCACCGACUCCCUCCUGCCUCUCACACUGUCUCCCCUUGUCCUCAGCCCAGGCAGCCUUCAGAAAGACGCUGGAGAAGGAAGCAAGGGGUGUGGGUCCAGACAUAGCUGUCCCCAAGUUCAAGCAGAGGAAGUGGGAGUCCGAUGGGGCCUACAUCCAGCGCAUGGAACAGGAGGUCCAGCACGUGCUGUUCCUCACCAAGAACCAGCCCGACCAGCAGCCCGAGGCCCAGGUGGCUCCCAGGAAGAAAUCGGAGGGGAAGAAAGCGUUCCAGAAGCGGCGGCUGGAUAAAGUCCGGAAAAAGAGAGAGGACAAGGCAGCGGAGAGGCUGGAGCAGGAGCUACUCCGAGACACGGUGAAGUUUGGCGAGGUUGCCCUGCAGCCCCCGGAACUGACCGCCAAGCCCAGGAAGAGCGUGAGCAUGGGCCAGCCUGGCAAGAAAUCACUGAUGCUGGCGAUGCUCUUGAGCCCUGGUGGUGUCCCCCAGCCUCCACCCACCUCGAUGGCCCGACAGCGGAUCAUGGAAGAGGAGAGAGAGCGAGCUGUCCAGGCCUACAGGGCCAUAAAGAAGCUGCAGCAGCAGGGGGCUCAGUCAGCCCGCCUCCCUCCUGGGAAGAAGCCAGAGAUGUGUCUAUAAUGGCCAGAGACUAGGGCUGCCACACUGGGUUGGGGAGAGCAGGUGGGGGUGGGGGGCACAGAUCAAAGUCCUUCCCCUGGACACACCUCAGGACAGAGCCUGGUGCACCAGCUCACAAGUUUGGGAAAGGGCUCCAGUCUUUGCUCUCAUCUUUUCCUCCCUCAUGACUCUUCUUUCAUGAGUGACUGCUCUCCAGGUCCAUGCCCCACAUGGGACAUCAUCUGUUCCAAGCUCUCAUAGAUGGGGCCAGUGCCUGGUUUAGAGACAGCUGGCCACACCCAGCACCAUUCUGUGAAUCUAGCAGUGCCCUCAGCUCUGUUCCGAACAGACAGGUCCAGGCUGAGACAACCUAGGGCCAAUCCUAUAAUCCUGUAUAAUUGUAGAUACUGCCAGCUUAGGUCGACCAAAUCCAUCACAGGCUCCCCUGGACUCAACAGAGCAGCACAGCUGGAGACGGGAGGCAGGCAGCGGGCCAGUGUGGGGAGGAAAGGCCUGGGGCGAGGGGUGGUCAGCACCUACACCACCUGUUCAAGGUGCCAGUUUAGUCACCGCAGAGGCAGGUGGAGCCCACCCAAGCUUUGGUUCUGAUAUGGAAACUGAUGACGGCACCCACCCUAAGGGCAUGAGGAUCAGGAGGCAUUUUUCACAGGGAAGCCACCUGUGAAGGAGGGCCACCUUAAUAACUGUCAGUCCCCUAGUGGCAGAUUAGGUCUGCAGGGGCACCUCACUGUGGACUCAAGUGAUUUUAACAUAGUGCAUUACAAUAAAUUUCAGAGCGUUUGGGGAGGUUCAUUUUUAGCUUAAGUUGCCUCAUAUUUGGCCAGUGAAGAUCUUGUAUGUUGCCCAGCUGGCGUGGCUCAGAUGACUGGAGCAUUGCCUGUGUACCCAGGGUUGAGGGUCCAUCGCCAGUCAGGGCGCAUACUCAUGUUGUAGGUUCAACUCCCCAGGUGGGGUGGGAGGCAACCAAUCAAUUUCUCCCUCUCUAAAAUCAAUUUUAAAAGUCCUAAAGGGUUUAUUAUCCCUCUCCAAAAAAAAGAAAAAAGACCUUGUGUCUUUGAUGCUGAUCUCUGAGUGUCGGGCUCCUAGCUUUCAGACACAAGGUGCUCUUUCCCUGCCUGAGAUAGAGUGGUUUCUGUGAGACCACUGCUCCUGGUGGUGGGGUGUGGUACUUAGAAACCAAGAUCUGGGUUACAGAAAUGCUCAUUGAUGCUGAAAUGUCAUUGCUUCUAGCCCAUUUUUGCAGACAGGCCUUGGAAAUGUAAUUUAAAUAUAUGUAUAUAACACUUUAAAAUUCUGACUCUAUGUUGAUGUUUCUAUUAAACUUUAAUAUUACAGUU